AUGUCGCCUGAAACUCCCUUUCAAAUCAACAUCUCCGACAAGAAACUCAGCAUCUUUCGUGCUAAACUUGAGCUUGCCACUUACGCGGGCGAACUUGAGUCAUCGGACAUGAAGCGACUCGUCGAGAGGUGGAAAAACGGGUACGACUGGCGCAAACAUGAAAAAGAAUUAAACCAAGAGUUGCCAAUGUUGACCCGCGACAUCGACGUUGAUGGUUUCGGCGCGCUGAACAUUCACUAUGUUCACAAGAAGAGCGAAAUUGCUGGCGCCAUCCCGCUGCUGUUUUGCCAUGGAUGGCCUGGAAGUUUCUUGGAAAUCCAGGGAAUAUUGCCUCUCUUGACUGCGUCGUCCCCUAAACAUCCUAGCUUCCAUGUUGUGGCGCUCAGCUUGCCUGGUUUUGGAUUUUCUGACGGUCCUAACAAACCAGGCUUUGCUCUUGGGUACUCAGGUAGCUCACAAACUCAUGAUUGCUCUCGGGUACAACGAAUAUGGUAUGACGCCAUUGCCAUCAUCUCCUACAAUAGAUUUGCUCAUUUUCUCUCAAUAACCCAGGGAGGUGACUGGGGUUUCGUCAUCACUCGGAGAAUGGCCGCCAAGUAUGGUGGAAAACACGUUAAGGCAUGGCACACCAACUUUCCGAUGGCCGACCCACCGACCUGGAAAUCGCCCCUGUCGUACCUGUCGUACUUGCUAACCCCUUUUUCUGCGGAGGAAAAGGCAGGAUUUGAACGUACCGCGCGGUAUCGCAACAAAGGAUCCGGCUACUUUGUCGAGCAAAGAUCUUUCCCGCAGACACUCGCUUACGGUUUGACUGAUAGCCCUGUCGCUCUGCUUGCCUGGAUUUACGAGAAACUGGUCACCUGGACCGACGACUACAAAUGGACCGAUGACCAAGUUCUGACAUGGAUCUCCAUAUACUGGUUCUCCCGUGUUUGGCCCGGUGCUGCCCACCGCAUUUACUCGGAAGUUUACAGCGAUUUCUACGAUAUAGGUCGUACUAAUUACCCUACUGUUCCUAUGGGAGCCUCGUACUUCCCGAAGGAAAUACUAGUCUUCCCUUCAGCGUGGGAGGCCACUUUGCCGCCACUGAGCGGGCCGGUGCAGCUUGUUGAAGACAUGCGGAAGAUGUUCGCAAAUGGGGGUCCCGCGUUCGCAAUUGUGCCUAGAAAAAGUGGAUAUGUUUGA